AUUCGACAUUACGCAGAGCCAUUUGACGCAACGCUACACCGUUUGUGUACUGUAUUGCAAAUGAGUGCUAAGCUAUUCGCAAAUGAGCUAUUCAAUUUCACAAUUUCAUGUUCCAAAUCGACAUAGGCAACUAGACCGUUUAUCAUCUGGCUAAACUAUUCAUGUUUAGGGUGUUUUGUUUCAUGAAGGAAAACGAAACCGUCCAUAAUUUGGCCAUGCCAUUCCUUUAUUAACUAUACUAACCUGCAGCUGAUCCUUAGACCAGCUUUGAAUUUGCUGAUUCUUUUAACAUCCCUGUAUAUUUGGUACGUUGGUUGAAAUAACGACCACGUGACUGAACUUUAUCAAGCAAACCCUCCCAACAUGGAGGGCUUUUAUCUCCUCCUCCUUCUGGUGGAAUUGAGUUCUCUUGUAGGAGGGGCAGUCGUUUACCCUUCAUUACAAUGGAACUUCAAAAAUCCUCAAUUUCAAGAGGGAAAGUUGCACUUUAGUGUGCUACCGGGUUCAAAACUGAACCUGAUCUGCCCUCAUGUAGCAGUAUCCUUUGUAGAGAUGGAUGACACAGAUAGCAUGCUCUAUUAUGAAAACGUUUGGAGAGUUGACAACACAAGCUACCAGACUUGUGAGGUUAAUACUACCGUAGCAGAGAACAAGAUGGUACUAAAGUGUGCUGAUCCUCGAAAGAUUCAAUUUACCACAGUUGUCUUUCAGCGUUUCAGUGCUGUUAAUUCCCUGGUAUUUGAGCCAGGAAGCACCUAUUAUUUUAUUUCCACCUCUAAUGGUAGCCUCAGUUCUCUGACAAAUGACAGAUAUGGACACUGUCAUACAGCAAACAUGAAACUGGAAAUACAUGUUUGUACAGGAACUGAGGAUCCAGAGUGUAAAGAAGCAUCCAAUGAUACUACUACUGUAUCUACUGAGGUUACCACUUCUGUGAGUACACCCAUACCUGGUGCUGUAGGAACAAAAGCAGCCAGGUCAUCAUCUUUUUGGGGAAAUUGGCUGUCAAUACCUUUUGUCAUCCUUGCGGUUUGUUUUGUUGUUUCUCUAUUGGUGAACUUGCGCAUGAUUUGUUGUCCAAAAAAGAGUAAGAAAUUAUCAAUUGAAGAGAAGCAGCUUAGAGUUCCUGAAGAGGAGGAUGAAAAUUGCGAGAACAAAUUUUAAACAAAUGAUGUGAAAUUCUCUUAAGGGCGAUGGACAAGACACUGACCAUGAACUGUACCCAAAUGGACCACUCUUAAAUGAAUUCACCUUAAAAAAAUCCUAUUUAGAAUGAGUUUUUUUGAAAGCACUGCUGUCUAAUAUGUAUAUGCUUGCAUUGCAUGUGCCUUUGUCAUAAACAUACAGUAUUUUUUAGUUAAAAGUCAAACAUCAACUUCAAGACAGCACUGGGAAUGGCAUUAAAUUGUUUCCACAGUUUUCUUUGUUUCAGUACUUUAUUUUACUUAAUGCUUGUGUCCACUCUAAUUAUAUAGAGUAUUGUUUCAAUAUGCUUUGAGCUUCAACUAAUUCACACUUGUAAACACAUUAGCUCUUAUUUUGACCAAUGACAAUGUGUCAGAUUAUACAACAUGCUGCAUUGUUGUGUUUCGGUUUUGAUCAUUAUGCUGCUGUAAAUUACAUGUACCACUGAAUCUAGAGAUGGUUGACUGUGAAGAAUUUAAGAUACAUGGAAAAUUUCUGCAUCAAUCUAUAUACUGAAGCAGAAAAUAUUGAAUAUUACUGGACCACCUUACAUCGUGACCAAUACUGGGCCUUAGGGUAAGUAGCGCGACCUCCAGCUAUUUUUCAUUGGAUGGACAUAAAUAAUGGUUAAGAUAAUCACCUACAUUUCAUGCUAUUUGUUGUGGCAAGCAGAAUAGCAGAGAGGCUCAAAGGGUUGGUCCAUUUUAGGAUAGUCCAUGUGGGUAGUCUUUAAGGGUAGUCCUUGGACUGUGGGUCUGUGUUUUGUUCAUCACCCUCUCUGAAGUAUGUAGAGAAUUUUUACUGGGGUUGACUGAGUACCA